GGACAGAGAGAAGGAGGGGGUGGAUGAGCAGGGAGGUAGGGAAUAUAAUCAUCAUCAAAAAGCAGCCAGAGAGUCUGCCAGUAACCCAAGGAGGGAGAAACACCAACAACAAAAGAUGAAGCGGCAGGAGCACAGACAGCCAGGCUUCGGAGACGCGACGUGACACGGUCACGGGUGAGCCAUUGCAAUCAGACAGCGAUGACGACGACAGCGAUGUCGAUUGUAGCGACGACAAUGAUGUGACGAUGGCUAUGAAAGCGGCUACAACGACAGCAAUACCAAGAGCGAUGAGGAGGAACAGCAGCAGCAACAACAGAAACACAUACCGAUCCCCGACGCUGCUGCGGAGCUGCCGAUGUUCCACAAAGUGGCCUGGCUGUGUGACCGGGAGGCCGCAAGGUAAUGGUGUCGAGCUGGGACAAGCUAACAGAUUUGAUCAUGGUGAAAGGAGACCACCUUUGGCUCAAGGCCGCUGUGUACGAGAUCUUUGAGUCUCCAUUGUUGCACCCGCAGUAUUACAAAAAUUUGGUCAAACUGAACAACCUGUGCGCCAAAGCCAGGAGCACUCUAGGCACGGCCACGGGGCGACCCCGUCCAGAGCCUUUCGACCAGUCACUACUCAUGGACCUGACAGAAGAGCAGCUGGACCUGUGUUUCUCAGGGGAGAUCACAGACGACCUCGAGCUCAAACUCAAGGUCAAAGCCCAGGAGUGCUGCCCGGAGGGAAACAGGCACGCUCUGGAUCAGGAUGUCAUGGACAUGAGCAACAUAGGCAAAGCUACCCAAAAUCACAUAUGGUACAUGCUCACGACGAUGACCGAGAGCAGAUUUGACUUGUUUGACAUUGAGGAGGAGACGAGAGUGACUUGGACCAAGAAGGAGGAGGAGGAGAAGGAGGAGGAGACAAAAAAGAAGAACAAGAACAGAAAAAAGGACCCUGGGGGGAGUCGCUGUUUACGGUGACAAGUUGUGUUUGACAUGUUUUCAGCCAACGUGAGCAACUAUAACAAAAUAAAACAACUGUAUGUGACCACCACACCAGAAUACAUCUAUGGUUGUGGUGUUUUGUCUUAUUUUGUGUGUGUGUUUUCUAUGAAAGACAGAAAGAAAGAAAGAAAGAAAGAAAGAAAGAAAGAAAGAAAGAAAGAAAGAAAGAAAGAAAGAAAGAAAGACUGAUUGGUCAGGCUAAAUGAAAACUAUACCGAACCACCACCCAAAAAAAAAAAGGCAAGACCCGGUCGGUCGGGAGGAAGAAAAGCCGUUGGUCGGGCUAAACGAAAACCAAACCAAAGCAAACCAAACCAAAAAAAAAAAAAAAAGCAAGACCUGGUCGGUCGGGAGGAAGAAGGCCGUCAGUCGGGCUAAACAAAAACCAAACCAAACCAGACCAAAAAAAAAACCAAAGAAGCAAGACCCGGUCGGUCAGGAGGAAGAAAAGCCGGUCAUUGGGGGCGGUUGGUCAGGGUAAACGAAACAAUAAAAACACGACGGUGAACCCCACCGACCCCACCCACCUCCUACACGUGAGAGAGAUUGACUGGAUCUUUUCCCUUAUUCGCGACCAUGGGGCUCUCCUCAGACCCGGAUAGCAGGCCACCAAUAGAGGAUACAACAAGGAGAUGGGGACUGAGGAUGAGCAGGAGGAAGAGGAUAAUAUGUUCAUGCUCAGACCCUGCUCUCGGGACCCGCGAACCCGUCGGGACUGUGGGAGACCCUGAGACUACUGCUGCUACUGCACAACAACAACAACAAUGACAAAAAAAACUUGAAACCUCGUCGGGAACGGGGGAAACGAGACUGCUGCUGCUACUGCACAACAGCAACAGCAGCACCACCGCCAACAACAACAACAACAAAAACAAAAACAACAACAAGAAAAACCUCAAAACCUCGUCGGGAACGGGGGAAAAGAUACUGCUGCUGCUACCACGACUACUGCUGCUGCUACUGCACAACAGCAACCACACCACCAACAAGAAAAACAACAACCUCAGAGCAGAGUCCUAGAACUGAAACGGCCUCCUCUGACCCUCCAGAGUCAGACGAAGGAACCACCGACGUGCGAUGGACACCGCUCCAGCAGCUCGAUCCCCGGGACAGGAGGGGACAAGCCCAACGAGGAGCACAACCGAGCCCGAGGAGCGCGCCCAGCAACGGAGAUGGCGAAGCCCAGUGCCCAGGUUCCCCGGGGAUAAAUGAUGAUGACGACAACAACGGCGAUGAUCUUCACCUCCACCCAGCGCCGGGACCCACAGCCUUUGCCAAAGACGCGGCCAAAGACAAUAGUCUCCACGUUCCUGGCGUUCCUCCACCCGGACAUCCAGGACACGGUGAUCAAAAUGACCAAUCUCAAGGUGGAGGGUAGAGCCCGAGCCCCGGAUGGAUGGAGAGGGAUGGACAGGACGUGGCUUCGAGCGUACCUGGGCUUGCUCAUUCUCUCCGGCAUCUACAGGUCCAGAGGCGAAGCCUGCGAGAGUCUCUGGGAUCCCAACACAGGACGACCACUGUUGCGGUCCAGCAUGUCGCUAAAGACAUUCAGAGCAUACUGUAGCGUGCUACGGUUUGAUGACCGAAGGACCAGACAGUCCAGGCGACGCAUUGGCUCGGACAAGUUGGCUGCCGUGAGACACGUGUGGGACCUGUGGCGAACCAGGUUGCCGGAAAUGUACGUCCCAGGCCCCGAUGUCACCGUAGACGAGAGGCUGGUCCCAUUCAGACGCCGAUGUCCGUUCAGGCAGUACAUGCCCAACAAACCGGCCAGGUACGGGCUCAAGAUAUGGGUCGCCUGCGACGCCAAGUCCAGCUACACGUGGCAGAUGCAAAUGUACCUGGGAAACCCCGACAACUGAGGUCCGCUGGAGAAGAACCUAGCUUGUUGCGUCGUUAUGGACCUGACGCAGGGGCUGGGUUUGGGUAGGACCGUGACAUGCGACAACUUUUUCAUCUCACACCAGCUCGCGGUCUGCCUCUUCAGGAAACGAGGACUCGCCAUGCUCGGUACCCUUUGGCGCAACAGACUUGAAAUCCUGCCGGAAAUGCUCGAUUGGAAGGGCAGGGCGGUGUUCUCCUCGAUGGUCACGACCGCCACGGAGGCGGGAGGAGGAGGAGGAGGAGGCCCUCGGCCUUGACUGAUCUCAUACUUGGCAAAGAAGAACAAAAGCGUCCUCAUUCUCACCAUGGAUCAGAGCGUCGUCGCCGCCGCCGCCCAUCCACCAGGGCUUGCAGGAGGACAAUUACGAGAAGGAGGAGGAAGAGGAGGAGGAGGAGGGAAACCCACUGCCAUUCUCAAGUACAAUCGUACCAAGGGAGGGGUGGACAACCUUGACAAGGUCGUGGCCACCUACAGUUGUAGAAAAAAAAGGUGUCGCUGGCCCAUGGCCUUAUUCCACAACAUAGUGGACAUCUCGGCCUACAACACGUUUGUCGUUUGGCGCGAACUUCACCCCGAAUGGAUGAGUGGAAACUCAAAAAGCAAAAGUUGUUCCUGGAACAGCUGGGCAGGGCCCUGAUUGAGCCUGUGUCAGGCGCAACGAGACCGUCUACUAUCCCCAGGGUGCCAAAGGUCCGCAACAACAAGUUUCCUGCUGCUGCUGCUGCUGCCAGGACGCCACCGCUGCGGCCGCCGGAGCAUGCGGGACAUGCUAAUUUGGUUACCUUCACUUCCUAAAUGUUACUAUGAUGUCAACUUUAUAGAGAACAGCAUGCCUUGGAUUUCUCCUUUAUUUCAAGGUUAGCAGCCUUUUUUUAAAUUUGAUUUUUCCAGUCAUCUAGUUUGUGUGUGCAGUGGCUUGGUGGUUGGCACUUUCGCCUUGCAGGUAGAAGAUCCCCAGUCCGCGCCCUGGCCUUCCCAGGAUUUUUCUUGUCCCUAAUGAGGAUUA